AUGUCAGAGCAUUUUGUUAGUCCUCUGACACCUCCAAGAUCGAGUUCGAAAGCAGACUCUUCAAAUUUACUCAGAUCACCUAGUUCUUUUCAGACACCAAGUACUCCCAAGAAGAAAGAAUGGUUGUUAACUCCUUCAACAACAAACAGGAAGAAAAUACCAACUCCUUCGACUAGUAAGCUGAGCACGGGUAAAGCAGCGACCUUUCGAAGUGUUUCAAGUUUGGGAUCCACUUCGAAAGAGAAGUCAUUGCCAAUUUCUCCAGCUUUUACUCCAAAGAAGUCCCCCAAAAGGCUCAAAGCGGGUACCGGUGACUUGCUUCAUAAGCAUCUUGGUGGCAUUGAUUCUUUGCAGGCAGAGAAUGGUAAGAGCCAAUUUGGAAUAUUCCUACCAGCACCAUCCACUAUUGGCACUGGUAGAAGGCUGAACAUACCUAGUCAUAAGGUGCAGAAGAGACCACCUCUCGAAGUUUUGUCAAAACUCAACGAUAACUUGCUUUUCGAGGAAGAUGUUGUGGAAGAACCAAAGACUCCAUUCUUCCAAGUAAUAAAUGAAAACCUUGUUAACCAUUGGCACAACAAGUCAUUCAACAAAAACUAUUCAUCAGAUGAAGGUGAUUUAGAGGGAGAUAGUGAAACUGUAUUGAUAAAAAGAAAAAGGUUGACUAAUCCAUUUCUUGGUGAAACGUCUACAUCCAAGGAUAAGGUAUCGUCCAAUCCAUUUGAUACUUCUUCUAAUAUGAAAAACCAAAUCUGUGAUACACAUGUAGAAUAUAUCAACCAUGCUACGGGUAAAAGAAAGCUUGUGAAGCUCUCUCCAAGUCAACAGCGAAUUAGACCUAGGAAGUUAGACUUCUCUAAUGUGAAAGACUGA